AUGGGGAAGGAAAUAGCUAAAGAACAUAUAUAUCCUCCCUUAAAAAACCUUUUUGAUCCAUUAACAAUUGAAAGCAAAAAAGUAGCAACUGUGGUGCUAAUGCUUAAUUCUCCGGAAGAAGAAAUUUUGGCCAAAGCAUGUGAAGCCAUUUAUAAAUUUGCUUUAAAAGGUGAGGAAAAUAAAACAACCCUCCUUGAACUGGGAGCAGUGGAACCUUUAACUAAACUGCUCACCCAUGAAGACAAAAUUGUAAGAAGAAAUGCCACUAUGAUAUUUGGAAUCAUGGCUUCUAAUAAUGAUGUUAAAAAACUAUUAAGAGAGUUAGAUGUCAUGAACUCUGUUAUUGCGCAGCUUGCUCCGGAAGAAGAGGUAGUUAUCCACGAGUUUGCUAGUCUUUGCCUAGCAAACAUGUCUGCGGAGUACACCAGCAAAGUGCAAAUAUUUGAACACGGUGGCCUAGAGCCUCUCAUCAGACUGCUGAGCAGCCCAGACCCCGAUGUGAAGAAGAAUUCCAUUGAGUGCAUUUACAACCUGGUGCAGGAUUUUAAGUGUCGAGCUACACUUCCAGAACUAAAUGCAAUCCCUCCUAUAUUAGAGCUUUUUAAGUCAGAAUAUCCAAUUAUUCAGUUGUUGGCUCUCAAAACCUUAGGUGUUAUUACAAAUGAUAAGGCGUCACGAGCAAUGCUAAGAGACAAUCAAGGGAUGGACCACCUUAUUAAGAUCCUGGAAGCUAAGGAACUAAAUGACCUUCAUAUAGAAGCGCUUUCAGUGAUAGCCAAUUGCCUUGAAGAUAUGGAUACCAUGGUGCAGAUUCAACAGACAGGGGGUCUUAAGAAGCUCUUAGUAUUUGCAGAAAACUCUACAAUUCCUGAUAUUCAGAAGAAUGCAGCAAAAGCAAUUACUAAAGCAGCUUAUGAACCUGAAAACAGAAAAUUUUUUCAUGAGCAAGAGGUUGAAAAAUGCCUUAUAACCCUUUUGGGCUCUGAAAGCGAUGGAACUAAAAUUGCUGCUUCCCAAGCUAUUUCGGUAAUGUGUGAGAAUUCAGCCAGCAAAGAAUUUUUCAAUCAUCAGGGGAUCCCACAGUUAGUUCAGUUGCUGAAAAGUGACAAUGAAGAGGUAAGGGAAGCUGCAGCCCUGGCCCUGGCUAAUCUGACCACUUGCAAUCCCACUAAUGCAAAUGCUGCUGCCGAAGCUGAUGGCAUUGAUCCAUUAGUCAACAUCCUGUCCAGUAAACGAGACGGAGCCGUGGCCAACGCCGCCACUGUGCUGACGAACAUGGCAAUGCAGGAGGCUCUGCGUGUGAGCAUCCAGAGCCGCGACAUCAUGCACGCCCUCAUCGGCCCGCUGCAUUCCGCGAACAUGGUCGUGCAGAGCAAAGCCGCUCUCACCAUCGCUGCGACUGCGUGUGACGCUGAGGCCCGGGCAGAGUUAAGAAAUUCAGGUGGAUUGGAGCCACUCAUAGAGCUCCUGCGCUCCAAGAAUGACGAAGUCAGAAGGCACGCCAGCUGGGCCGUGAUGGUCUGUGCCGGCGAUGAGCUGAUGGCCGCUGAAUUGAGCAGGCUUGGGGCUUUAGAGAUCCUUGAAGAAAUCAACCUAUCAGUAACUCGAAAAAAUAAAUUCAGUGAGGUAGCUUAUAACAAAUUGCUCAACAACCACCUGUCUCUGAAAUACAGCCAGACUGGCUACUUGUCAUCAAGUAACAUCAUCAGUGACGGCUUCUAUGAUUAUGGCCGGAUAAGUCCUGGUACCAAACUUUGGCCUUUGAAGGAUCUCUGCUUACAAGAACCAAAUGACCUACGUACUAUACUCUUGGUUAACAGUAAAUCUGAUGUUUCUCCACCUCCAUCUACGGAAGAUAAAUCCUCAGAGGUUGGUUAUGGGCGAAGUAUUUCUUCUUCCUCUUCUUUAAGAAGAGCUAGUAAAGAAAAGGCCAGAAAAGCUAGUUAUUAUUUUAGUGCUGGAUUUGGAUCUCCCACAGAAGAGAAAUCGGAACCUGCUUCUGGACGAAAUACUGCUGUUAGCAGAAGUGCCGCUAAAGAGAAAGGAUCCAGGAAAAGCAAAGGUAAAAAAGAAGAGGAAAAACAGAAGGAGGAGGAAGAGGUUACAGUGGUACUAAAAUGGGCUGGAGAAGGAAACCAAGAUAAAGAAUGGUCCCCUCCCACUGAUCCUGACUUCUGUGCUUAUGUGUAUGAAGUGACCAAAUCAAUACUUCCCAUAACCAAUAUAAGGGAACAGAUUGAGGCUCUUGCAAAGUAUGUGGCAGAAAAAAUGGGCGGUAAAAUUCCAAAAGAUAAACUACAGGAUUUCAGCUGGGAACUUCAUAUAAGUGAACUAAAAUUUCAACUUAAAUCCAAUGUUGUUCCAAUUGGACAGAUCAAAAAAGGAAUCUUCUACCAUCGAGCUUUGCUUUUUAAGGCUCUGGCUGAUAGAAUUGGCAUCAGCUGCUCUCUGGUUCGAGGGGAGUAUGGCAGAGCUUGGAAUGAAGUUAAGCUGAUGAAUGAAUCUCAAAAGGGAUUGAUUGGGGGUCUCCCUCCUCCUGAAGAAUAUGUUGUUGACCUCAUGUUCCAUCCAGGGGUACUGAUGAAGCUAAAAACUAAAGAAGCAGAUCGUUACAGAUUUCUCUAG